GUAUGCAGUUUUGACUAAAACACACAUUUUUGCAGGCAAAUAACUCACUUUUGUUAUUUUUACUGAUAUAUUAAUGUUGAUGCACAUUUUCCCUUAGUAUCUUCAUUUUUGUAAGCAUUAUUUGGUUGGAGAAGUACACUGCAAAAUUCAGAGAAAUGCAAAUUCCAAAGGAUGGUUGUGUUUUGUAUUGGCUAGAUUUGCCUUUAAAUGUGAACUGAAUCCCAUUUUACACUCAUCCCAGUGGAGAGAGUUUCUUUGGUCUCUUUGGAACCCACUGCCAAUCUACUCUGGUGGACUCCUUCAAAUUCAGGUAUUCUGAGAGGGAACAAUUUCUGUGAUAUUAUGAUGUAAUGAGUCGGAUGGCCAAUCAGAUCUUCCGUUGCAGAAAGAUAAAUGACACCAGGUCAGCCAUUGUUUCAGAGGAUGCAGGUUGGAGAAUUACUUUCAGAGAGCAAAGGGGCUCUUAGACAAAAAGCCUCUGGCCACACAGAAUGGCUUCUACAGGCACAGCUAAGAAGGCAGAAGGAGAACAGCCAUCAAAAGAAACUGCCAUUCAUGUCCCCAACCCCCACCUUCAGAAGAUGAAAGAGGACGUCCUGUAUCAUUUAGCUCUUGGAACUGGGACCCACAAUUUACCUGCCUUGUUUGGAGACGUGAAGUUUGUAUGCACUGGUGGAAGCCCUUUGCGGAUGAAAGCUUUCAUCACAUCUAUUGCUAAGGAGCUGGCCAUCGGGAGCCCGGCCUGCGACUUGCCCAACAUCUGUGCUGCGACAGAUCGGUAUGCCAUGUACAAAGCUGGCCCUGUGCUAGCACUUAGCCAUGGGAUAGGGAUGUCUUCCAUUGCAACUAUGUUGCAUGAGCUCAUCAAACUUCUGCAUCAUGCUAAAUGCUCCAACGUCAUCAUUAUUCGCAUUGGCACAUCUGGCGGAAUAGGUUUGGAGCCAGGAUCUGUGGUGAUCACCAAACAGGCUGUCAAUGCCUCUUUCAAGCCUCAGUUAGAACAGAUGGUCCUAGGGAAGUCUGUACUUCGCAACACAGACCUCGAUGAGAAGUUGGCUGAGGAACUGCUGGAAUGUGGCAAGGAACUGCAUCAGUUCAACACGGUCAUUGGGAACACAAUGUGCACCUUGGAUUUCUAUGAAGGUCAAGCUCGCCUUGAUGGCGCUAUCUGUUCCUACACGGAAGAAGACAAAAUGAAAUAUUUAAAGGCAGCUCACGAGGCUGGAGUAAGAAAUAUCGAGAUGGAAUCUGCCAUUGUUGCAGCAAUGUGCAAUCUUAGUGGUAUCAAAGGUGCUGUGGUCUGUGUCACACUCCUGAAUCGACUUCAAGGGGACCAGAUCACCAGCUCUCAUGAAGUCCUGGUUGAAUACGAAGAGAGACCCCAGAAGUUGGUGGGGCAGUUUAUUAAGAAGCAUCUUGGGGGGAAGUGACAUGUCUGCUUCUUUAAACUUCUCAUUUUCAUUAAAAUCCCGUGUUCCUUCACAAA